CUCCGUGCUGGCGGGCGGGCUGGGGGGGGGGCGGAGGCGCAUGCGCAGUGCUGCGCCCGCCCUGGCCGAGGCGAGCGGCGCGGGGCCGGGUGAGAGCCGCGAGGAGGCACCGAGCGCCCCCCGGGAUGGCGGAGCAGAAGCGCCUGGCCUACGCCAUCGUCCGGUUCCUGCACGAGCAGCUGCGGAGCGGGGGGCUGAGCCCCGACGCGCAGGAGAGCCUGGAAGUGGCGAUCCAGUGCCUGGAGACAGCUUUUGGGGUCUCCCUGGACGACCAAGACCUAGCUGUGUCCCAGACUCUUCCUGAAAUAUUUGAAGCUGCUGUAGGAAAGGAGCCUGAGCACACCAGAACGAACUCGGAGCCCGUCACCCCCUCUGAAGAUGACAUAGCCGAAGCCGAAAGGCUCAAGACUGAAGGAAACGAACAAAUGAAGGCAGAAAACUUUGAAGCUGCUGUGUCUUUCUAUGGAAAAGCGAUUGAGUUGAAUCCAUCCAAUGCCGUCUACUUCUGCAACAGAGCUGCUGCGUACAGUAAGUUAGGAAAUUAUGCUGGAGCAGUCCGAGACUGUGAACGAGCUAUAGGCAUCGAUCCAAACUACAGCAAGGCGUAUGGCAGAAUGGGCUUGGCCCUCUCCAGUUUAAAUAAACACACAGAAGCUGUUGUUUACUACAAAAAAGCCCUAGAGCUCGAUCCAGACAACGACACAUACAAAUCAAACCUUAAAAUAGCCGAACAGAAGAUGAAGGAGACUCCAAGUCCAACCGGAGGUCCCGGAGGAUUUGAUUUAGCUGGCUUGCUGAACAACCCUGGCUUCAUGAGCAUGGCAUCUAACCUAAUGAACAACCCACAAGUACAACAGCUCAUGUCUGGGAUGAUUUCUGGUGGCCAUAACCCCAUGGGAGCAGCAGGCACCAGCCCCUCCACGAAUGAUCUCGCCAGCCUCAUACAAGCGGGCCAGCAGUUUGCGCAGCAGAUGCAGCAGCAGAACCCCGAGCUAAUAGAGCAGCUACGAAGCCAGAUCAGGAGUCGAACUCCAAGUGCCAGUAACGAAGAUCAGCAGGAAUGAGCAUUCCAGCGCAGUCCGUGGGAACUAUGUUCUUUGCUUUAAAAACUGGAAGCCAUGUGCGUGUUGCCAUUUCUUGAGUCGGAAGUGUCCAAGAGGGGGAAAAAAUGGAAAAAAAAAACACAAAAUACUUUAUAUGACCUGCAUGUUAAAGACAGAUUCACGCUUUCUUUCCCUAGUCUUCAUCCCUGCUCCUCCCCCUCAGCCUUUCCAUUCAUUUUUUCUUCUGGAAGACCCAGCGAGCUGAACACAAACCAGCAUCAACAGCCUUUCUAAAGAGACUCGGAAAAUUACCUACACUGUUACAUUUCUAUGUUCUUUGCUACAUGGGAAUUUUUUAACCCGUUUUUGAAGAACGAUGCACUCUUCACUACAGGAUGUCUUCACUCUCCUGCCCACGUGCCACUUCAAAGAAGUGUUCCAGGCCCGCCCCGUCCUGCCCCCCGUAACCUUCGUGCCAGCUGCGAGCUGGCAGCGUUCGAACGCUCUGGAGAUCCCUGGAUCUCGGGGUCUCCAGGAGCAGGGUUUCUGUUGAUUAGAUUCGCUGCGUUUCUCAUUCAGGUCCGCAGCAGCAUCGCCAGGGUUGUUAAUAGGUGGGGUUUGGCGAUCGCCUCCCCAAGGUUAGCGUUAAUGUGUCGGGGGGGUUGGGACUACUUGGAGCAAGCGUUUCCAGACACACUUCUGGGGGCUCGUCCCCAGGCCUGGCAAAACUUGUCUAGUGUUUAGUAAUUAUGGUUAUGUUGUCGGAAUGAUCCAAUCUGUGAACUAGUCGGGUGGACAGUAAGAAAGAUAUAAUGUUUUCGGUGUUUAAAAGGUUUCUCUCCUGCUUUUUAAUUUGUCUUUUAUGCAUGUAAGUAAUCAACCUGGUCGACUGUGCUGAUGGUAGGAAUAGAGGGCGCGUGAGUAGAGAGCAGAAGGAAUAAAAACGCUCCUGGGGCAGCACGGUUUCAACGCAGGGGCCUGGCAAAGAGCGAUUCUGCCCCCGCAGGUCGCGGGUGGGACGAGGGGAAUGGCUCCGGUGGCUGACGGGAGCGACCCGCAGCCUUCCACCCUCGGGACCUCCCCGUUGUCCUUCCCAGGGCAAGCGGGAGGCUGUGGCAAGUUCCCCUAGGAGUCACUAGUUGAGGCUGGGGGUUUUUGUAUCGACCUCAGGACUGUUUUUAGGGUUGGUCACUCGGUCGUGGUGGGGAAGGCGUGUUCCUGGCCUCAGGAAGCAUCUGGCUGGGAGGCGGGCGAGCGUGAGGUGGAAAACGCCCCUUCAGGAGACCCGGUGGUAUGGAUGAGCAGGUGUAUCUGACGAUUAAUAUCAAGAAAAGGAUGAUUUGUAAAUGCUCCAUAAAUACGUGGUUAAUGUAACUUGUGAAGAAUAAAAUAUUUGGACACUU